AACGUCUUGCUAAAAGUCUUUCACUCAUACUCUCUCUCUCUCUGUGAGUUGUGAGUUGAAGAUGGAGCAACCAAGCAAUGAACCUUUAUCCUCUCCGGUUUCUGUGAUAGGGUCUCAGUUCAUGGCACCAUAUCAAUUCGAUAUUAUAGUUGAUAUAAUUACAGGGGGAAAUCUUGUGGUUACAGAUAUUGAACAUAAAAUCAUGCUACAAGUGAAAACAUGCGACACAUCCUUUCAUCAGCAGCGAGUGCUAGUUGAUGCUGAUGGCAAACCCAUCGUUCUAAUGCGUGGCAAGAUCAUGAGUGAACACGACAGAUGGAAUGUAUUCAGGGGUAACAGUAAAAGUAAAUCCGAUAUGAUAUUUACCACACAAUCACCUCACAUGAUCCAGUUUAAGACCUGUGUACAAGUGUUCUUGGCAAACAAAACUAGUAAGAAGAAUGUUUGUGAUUUCAAGAUCAGUGGUAGCUGGACGAACAGAAACUGCACUAUUUAUAUGGGAGAUACUUCGACACCAAUAGCCCAAAUGUCUAAAAUGCAAUCAUCGGAGGAUGUAACGAACAAAUUCAAGGAAGUUAUAGGAGGUUUGGGUAACAUUAUAGUUGGUGCGCUUCUUUUAUAG